UGUAUUUGGUCACCUGCAACACAGCCUUCAUUCUCUUGGGUCAUGUCAGUCAUGAAAUCUUAUAUAAUGACCAUUGCCAUCUUUCUGAUCCUGGUUCAAAAGACUGCAGGUGGCUUGUUCAGAACCCGCAAUGGCAAGAGCCAAGAGCCUUGGAACCCAUGCGAGCUUUACCAAGGCAUGUGCAGAAACACCUGCAGGAAAUAUGAAAUUCAAUACGUACUCUGCCCAAAUGAUCAGAAGUGCUGCCUGAAAUUAGCUGCGAAAAUAAACAAUUCUGACAACGUGAAGGUGGAUUACGACUCCAACUCCAGCGUGUCAGCUACAAACACUUAAAACCACUCUCAAGUCUGAAUCUCCCCGACAUCACCUUUUCUUGUAGUAAUUUCCUGACCAUUCUGAAAAUGCUUUCCCUAUAAAUAUGUAUUCCUUGUGAUGUGCGUGUCUUUCAUCUGUAAGCAGUCAUCACUGGACAGGAAAGGUUAGCCUGGGAGAUGGGAAGCCAGAGAGUAUUGGAAAGGACAUUGGCCGAAAAAUAAGACACAGGAUCUG